GGAAGAAGGGAGGAGGGAGCCCUUUGGGCGGUAAAAUGGCGCCUGUCAGAGUGGGAAAUCCUGCUGCAGAGACUGCAGCCCCGCUCCUCAGCGGCUAAGGCGCCCCAGACCUCGGGGAGGGGGAGGCCGCUCCGGGUCAGCCAUCCGCGCCUUUCGGCUCCCCCUCCCCCUCCUUCCCCGCUCCUUCGCUCAACCGGCCGGUUCACGGCCGCGGCCCUUCGCGCACCCCUGCCCCCGCCCGCCCCUUUCCCCCGGGCAGCCCCCUAGCGCGCCUGCGCAGCGGGCCACCCUCCUCUUCCCCCUCUUCCCCUCCCCCUUCUCCCUCCCUCCCUUAUCCCUAGCCCCCUCCCCCACAACCCCCUCCCCCAAUUCUUCAUCCCCUUCCCUGCUGGUCUCUGAGGACCCCGUCCUAUCCCAACCUAUUUCGGCCCGCAACCUCCGCGAAGCCGUCGGUGCCAGUCCCUGCCCAUGUGGGCCCCUGCGGGCUGCCCACGCCUGUACCCCAGCUCCCCGUUUCUCUGGGCUUCCCCCUCGCUGGGGGUGGCUUUCUGAGCCUUCCUCUCCGUGCCCCUCUCUGCGGCCUCUCCUGCCACUCGGGGCCCCCGUUCCCCCUCCCGGCAGCGGGGGGCUGCCCCCGGGGGGCUGGCGGAGCUGGGCCGCGGGGGCCCCAGGGCCGGCGGUGCCGGGGUCAUCGGGAUGAUGCGGACGCAGUGUCUGCUGGGGCUGCGCACGUUCGUGGCCUUCGCCGCCAAGCUGUGGAGCUUCUUCAUUUACCUUUUGCGGAGGCAGAUCCGCACGGUAAUUCAGUACCAAACUGUUCGAUAUGAUAUCCUUCCCUUAUCUCCUGUGUCCCGGAAUCGGCUAGGCCAGGUGAAGAGGAAGAUCCUGGUGCUGGAUCUGGAUGAGACACUUAUUCACUCCCAUCAUGAUGGGGUCCUGAGGCCCACAGUCCGGCCUGGAACACCUCCUGAUUUCAUCCUUAAGGUGGUAAUAGACAAACAUCCUGUCCGGUUUUUUGUACAUAAGAGGCCCCAUGUGGAUUUCUUCUUAGAAGUGGUGAGCCAGUGGUACGAGCUGGUAGUAUUCACAGCAAGCAUGGAGAUUUAUGGCUCUGCUGUGGCAGAUAAACUGGACAAUAGCAGAAGCAUUCUCAAGAGGAGAUACUACAGACAGCACUGCACUUUGGAAUUGGGCAGCUACAUCAAGGACCUCUCUGUGGUCCACAGUGACCUCUCCAGCAUUGUGAUCCUGGAUAACUCCCCGGGGGCUUACAGGAGCCAUCCAGACAAUGCCAUCCCCAUCAAAUCCUGGUUCAGUGACCCCAGCGACACCGCCCUUCUCAACCUGCUUCCAAUGCUGGAUGCCCUCAGGUUCACCGCUGAUGUUCGUUCUGUGCUGAGCCGAAACCUUCACCAACAUAGGCUCUGGUGACAGCUGCUCCCCCUCCACCUGAGUUGGGGUGGGGGGGAAAGGGAGGGUGAGCCCUCAGGAUGCCGUCUGAUGCCCUGUCCAAUGGUGAGGACUGCCUGGGCAGGGUCUGCCCCUCCCUCCCCUCUCUGCCCUGGGAGCCCUGCACUCUGUAUGGAGUCUGGAUGGACACAUGGGCUAGAUUCUGAAGCAGCCUCACUCUAACUUCGUGUUCAAACUCCUUGGAAACCCCAGACUGGGACAUAAGCAGAGGCCUAGGAGAGCCGAAACUGUGUCUGUGGUGGAGAGACAGGACUGGCCAGAGUGAGAGACAGACAUUCGGUAAUCCAGGAGGCUCAGAGAGAAGCCAAGCCAGCUUUGUUGUGAUUUGAUUUUUUUAAAACUCUUGUAUAAAACUGAUCUAAUUCUUUACUCCAAGGGCUGGGCUGUGGGUGGGAAACUGGGAUUUGGGCCACUGGAUUUUCCCCAAACUUGUCCUCCCUUUACUUUUCCCUCUGUUUUCCCUUUUUCCUAGAUUUCCUCAGACCUGUAACCAGUUUUUUUUUUUUUUUUUUUUUCUCUUUUUUUCUUUCCUCUCUUUUAAACCAUGCAUUAUAACUUGGAAACCAAAGCUGCCCUAGGUCCUUCUCUGGGGUUUGGGUAAAUGAAGGGGAGGGGUCUUUGUUCACAUCCAUCCUGCCCUCUAGGCAGAGGGGAGAGACUGCUGUUGGGCCCAAGGGGUAAGGGGAAAAUGUGGUGUUGGGUUGUCUGAUGAAGUAGUGAACAUUGACAUCAGAUGAUUUGGCGGGAAGUGAAGGGUCAGCGCCCUGGCUGGGAGCGAAAAGUACAGCUAUAUGUCUGGAGAAGACUCGAGCUCCAGAGCAAGACACAGAAAUAUGAAAGGAGAAGCCUGAAUGCCAGAAAAGGCAUAUAGCUGGAGAGAGGCUGGGCUGGGGGGACUGACGUAGACAAGCUAAGUGGGCGCCGCCCGCAGGUAGCUUGUGCCACAGGCCGUCCACUCCCCGGUCAGGUUAACCUCCCUCCCGCCUCCGGCUCCCCGCGCCCUCCUCCCCGAAGCCGGCUCUACUUCCUUGUAGCUGCCACGUGAUGCUCCGCCCUUCUCUGAGAUCACAUGAUUUCGUUGAUACAAAUACUAGUGGUGUUCUUCCGCGCUGACGUAGUCCCAAACGUUUCGGACCUUUACAUUCCCUCUUGGUCCACUCAUUCCUGGUACUUAUGCUUUCUGUGCAUCUCUCUAAACAUAUAUUUCGUUUCUGCGCUCCUGUAUUUCCGAAGGCCACCUCCUCCAUUUGGGUACUAUUUUGUUUUGGUGUCAACGGCCGUCUUUAGCGUACCAGCACAUUUCUUGAAUAGCUAUCCUUGUAAUUCUCUGCUUUUUCCUUUACGUUAUGUCCGAAAAGAAUUUUUGAUGAAUAAGUCUCAAGUUAUGAUUACUAUCUCCUAGCUUCUUUUCACCCCUAGCUUCGUGGGGGAAGGUCGGGAAACGGGUUUUCAGUUAUUUUUGACGGUAGCAAAAGCCAACCACCUUUGCUACGUCGCCUGCGUAACCCACAA